AUGAUGAAUUUUUCAAAUAAUGUUAAUUUAACAUUUGAAAAUGAUAAAAAAAAAAUAUCCAAGAAAAAUAUAACAUUUGAUGAAAUAGAUGAAGAUGAUAAAAAUGAAAAAAAAUAUGUAAAUGAUGAAAAUAAUAGCACAAUAAAUCCAGGUAUUAAUGAUUUUAUUAAUGAAAAUGUAAAUGAUGAAAGAUUUAAUCACUCUUUUAUAAGUAAAGAUUUUAUUAAGAAUAUAGGUAUCUGUUAUAACAUAAUUAAUGAAAAAACAAUAUUUGAAAAAGAUUCCAGUUUUACUAAAAUAUCAAAUAUAAUAGAACUACGUAUUAAGCAAAUAAUUGAAGAGGCAAAUAAAUUUUUUUUAAAAAGAAAAAAAUAUUGUGUAAAUAAAUUUUUAAAUAUAGAUGAUUUUACAAAUUCCUGUCAUUAUUUAAAUAAAGAAAAACUAAAAAAUGAUAAUUCAGAAAAUCAAAAAGAAAAAGAUGAAAAUAAAAUAAAAGAAAUAAGCGAUAGUAAUGAAAAAGAUAAAGUGAUAAAAAGAGAAAAUAAUGAUGCUAAUAAAAAAAAAGAUGAUAUAGAAACAAAAGAAAUACAUAAUGAAGAAAAAAAAGAAAAGUAUAAAGAAAAUGGGAAUUUUUAUAAUGAAAAAGAAUCUGAUGAUUAUAAAGAUAUAAAAUGCAAUGAUUAUAUAAAUAAUUAUGAUAUCAAAAAUGAAUUAGAAAGCAAAGAAUUAAAAUGCAAAGAAAGUAAGGAUAGUAAAAACGAAGAAAAUUUAACAAGUAAUUAUUUUAAUAGUGACGAUUAUAUAAAUGUGUGUGAAGGAAUAAAAGAAGAAAACGUGAAUAGAGAUAGUGUUAAUGAUGAAAUGAAAUCUUUUGAAGAAAAAGAAAUAAAAGAAAAUUGCGAUAUUAAUAAAUGUGUUGAAAAUAAUUACACAAGUUAUAUGUUAAAUGAAAAAUCUAGAAAGAUAAAUGAUAAUUUAUUUAGUGAAGAAAUAAUUAAUAAAAAUAAAUUAAGCAAUGAUGAGACUGAAUUAAAUGAAAAUAGAAUACUUGAAAAUAAUAAAAUGGAUGAAAAAAAAAAGGAAGAAAAUAAAAAAAAAAAGAAUUCAAAGCUUUUAACAAUUAAAAAAAAAAAAACUUUGGAUAUGAAGAUAAACAAAGAAAAUAAUUUACUUUAUAAUUCUUACAUAAACAGCAAUGAAAAUAAAAAAAAAAAUAUUCUAAAUUUUAUAUUAAGUGAUAUGCAAAAUAGUUUACCUGCUGAACCUAAUUUAACCAUAUUUUGGUUAUUUAUACAAAAUAAUUAUAAGAAAAAAAAAAAAGAUAAAGAUAUGGGAAGGAAAGAAUUAUAUUUUAAUUAUCAAUGUUAUGAAAUAUUGUAUACAAUAGAAAAAAAAAAUGAACAUAAAAAAAAAAAAAAGAAAGAUGAUAUAUUAAAUCAUCAUUAUUUUAAAUAUAAUAAUAUUUUUUUAUUACCAAAAUUUUAUCCAAUUAAUAAAGAAUACACUAUAUUAUCAAAAUAUAUUCUAGAAAUAAUAAAAGAUAUAAUUAAUUAUAGAAUCAAUUUUUUUGAUUAUAAUAAUAUUUUACAUAUAUUUAGUACAUCGAAAGAAAUUAAUAAAAUUUUAACAAAUAUUUUAUUCUUUAUUUUUAAUGAAUUAGACCACAAUUUACGUUUCAAUAAUAUAUAUGCAUCACUAAUGCUAUUAAUAUUAUUAAAUGGUAUAAUUAAAAAUAGAAAUAUUGAUAUUGAUUUUUAUUGUUUGCAGAUUCUGAAAAUGCUAAUUCAUGUAAUAAUUUAUGAACACGAAUUAAAAUUAAAAAACAUUUAUUCUAUUCUAUUAUUAAAAAGAAAAGCUUGCGAUAUUAUAAAUGAUUUUUGCUGUAUAUUGAGAAAAAAAAAUAAUAGUGAAAUUAUAAAUAUUGACUCUUAUUUAAUUUAUAUAUCAAGUAAAUUAUUGACACACAAUAAAUGCACAUAUAUGCAUAUAUAUAUAUCUUAUUAUCUUAUUUAUUUAAUGCCUAUAAAUAUUCACAUAAAAUUUUUUUUAUCCUUUACUCCAAAUUUUUUAUAUAUAUUUUUUAAAAAGUAUUUAUAUUAUCAGAAUGUUUAUAAUUCUUUUUUAUCUUAUGAGCAAAAAGAGAUGAACGAGUUAUUUAAUUUUUUUUUCUUCCACAUUUAUACACUUAUACAAGGAUCACUUUAUAGAAUAUUUAAAAGUAUCAAUAUAUUAAUUAUUAAUUCUUCUUUAUCAAAUUACUUGAAAUACUUACUUAAUUUCAUUAUUGAUUAUGCAGAUUAUCAUUUACCAUUAAUAUUAUCUAUUUUAAAUAUUUUAUGUAAAAAUAGUUCAGUUUACAAAAAUCGAAGUUUCCUACCAGAAAAAAAAUAUUUUUUUGAUAUUAUGACUAUAAAAAAUUAUGAACACAAUAAGAAUAAUUUAAAAAAAAAAAAAAAUUAUUUAAAAAAUGUACAAGAAAUUAAUAACUUUUAUUUAAAUGAAGAAAAUAGUGAUCAAGAUGAUAGUUAUUUCGAGGAUUAUUUGAAUGAUGAAGAUUUAAAUAAAAAUGAAAUUCAUAAUACAAAUGAUAAGAAACAAUAUUUUAAUGCAUAUAUUAAAAAAAGAACUUUAUUAAACAAAACAUUAUUAAAAAAAAAUUUGGAAAAAAAUCAUUUACAGACUAAUAUUGCUGUUAAUAAUGUUUUAAAUCAAAUUUUAAAUAAGUUUGAAAGUAAUAAUAAAUCGUCAUAUUUAUCAAAUAAAUAUAGUUUUGAAGACUUUUUAUAUGAAUCAUCUUAUUAUUUUUUAUAUACAUUCUAA